CAUCCCCAGCCCCUUUUUAUCUUGAGCAGGGUCUUGCUGAGUGAGUCAGGCUGGCCUGGAACCUGCUCCCUCUUGCCCAGGUGGCAGGGUGGCAGGCUCCUCUGCUCUGUGUGCCAGUCCUCACCACUUGCACCUUCCUGUCUUACUUCUCUCCAUGUUGGCCUGAGACAGAGGCAACUUGCUGCUUCUCACUCAGCAGUUCUAGCCCUGCUUUAAGGGGUCAGUCCUUGGGCUGUGUUUGCCACUUCUCUUCCUCCAGUGGUGCACAUGUGAGUUCUGACGUGGCCUUGACCCCUGAGCUGGUUGGGAGAAAGUUACAGAACUCCCAGGUGUGAGGCGUCUGCUUUUGUGGCAGUUCUCAUUUAUCAACUAUGGAAAUGGAACAAGAAAAAAUGAAUGUGAGUAAGGAGUUGAGCCCAGACGCAGCCUCAUACUGUUGCUCAGCAUGUCAUGGGGACGAGACCUGGAGCUACAGCCGCCCCGUCCGGGGUCGCGCCAAGUCUCGAAGCCUGUCGGCCUCGCCCGCCCUGGGCAGCACCAAGGAGUCCAGGAGGACGCGCUCUCUCCAUGGGCCAUGCCCAGUGACCACGUUUGGACCAAAGGCCUGUGUGCUGCAGAACCCCCAGACCAUCAUGCACAUUCAGGACCCUGCAAGCCAGCGGUUGACGUGGAACAAGUCUCCAAAGAGCGUCCUUGUCAUCAAGAAGAUCCGUGACGCCAGCCUGCUGCAGCCCUUCAAAGAGCUGUGCGUGUACCUCAUGGAGGAGAACAACAUGAUUGUGUACGUGGAGAAGAAGGUGCUGGAAGACCCUGCUAUAGCGAGCGACGACAACUUCGGGCCAGUGAAGAAGAAGUUCUGCACUUUCCGGGAAGAUUAUGAUGACAUCUCCAACCAGAUCGACUUCAUCAUCUGUCUGGGAGGAGAUGGGACCCUGCUCUAUGCCUCCUCACUCUUCCAGGGCAGCGUGCCUCCAGUCAUGGCGUUCCACCUGGGCUCCCUGGGCUUCCUCACCCCGUUCAACUUCGAGAACUUUCAGUCCCAAGUGACUCAGGUGAUAGAAGGGAAUGCAGCUAUUGUUCUUCGGAGCCGACUGAAGGUCAGGGUGGUGAAGGAGCUCAGAGGCAAGAAGAUGACCAUGCACAAUGGGCUCAGUGAGAAUGGCCUGCCGGCCCCAGGCCUGGACGCAGAGGUUGGGAAGCAGGCCAUGCAGUACCAGGUUUUGAACGAAGUGGUGAUUGACAGAGGCCCCUCCUCAUACCUGUCCAAUGUGGAUGUCUACCUGGACGGACAUCUCAUCACCACGGUGCAGGGCGAUGGAGUGAUCGUGUCCACCCCGACCGGCAGCACAGCCUAUGCCGCUGCAGCGGGCGCCUCUAUGAUCCACCCCAACGUGCCGGCCAUCAUGCUCACACCCAUCUGCCCACACUCGCUGUCCUUCCGGCCCAUCGUGGUCCCCGCAGGGGUCGAGCUGAAGAUAAUGCUGUCACCAGAAGCCAGGAAUACUGCAUGGGUGUCCUUGGAUGGACGGAAGCGGCAGGAGAUCCGCCAUGGAGACAGCAUCACCAUCACGACCUCCCGCUACCCGCUGCCCUCCAUCUGUGUGCGUGACCCAGUGAGCGACUGGUUCGAGAGCCUGGCCCAGUGUCUGCACUGGAACGUGAGGAAGAAGCAAGCCCACUUCGCGGAGGACGAGGAGGACGGGGAGGACAGCUAGCUGCACCGCCCCUCGCUGUCCUGCCACCCAUCCCACCUGCCGUCUGCAGCGGGGGAGCCCGGCUGCCUUUUGCUGGCCAGAUCAGCUUUUUAACAUUUUCUAAUCUGACUCUUUUUCAUUUCUAAAGUACAGUGAGAGCCGUGCCGAGCACCCUGCACACACCCCGCCAGCAGGGCUCCUGCGAUUCCAGGUCAGGAACUCCCAUAAAUCAGUCUUGAAAUUCAGAGGGGCAGAAAGAAUUGGCCUGUCCUUCGUGAUGAAAUAAACGCCUCAGCCCAGA